GUCUUGAAGUAUAAUCAUCAUCAUCAUCGUGCAUGCAUUUUAGUGCCUCUUCCUUUCUCCUCUCUUCUUCUUCUCUGCAUGCACACGCCUUCUCCCUCAACCUCAACCUCAACCUCAACCUCUCUCUCCUCCUUCCUCUCUCUCCAACCACCGUCAAUUCCAAUCUCCGCCCACUCCCCCUCCAUUUCCCGGAUUCCGACCACCGUCCCAUCACCACUCUCCUCAACGCGCCGCCACGCCAAUUGCAAAUCCAAAACCGCGGCGGCCUCGCCCUAAAUCCGCCGUCGAACCUCGCGAACUUCCUGAGUGUCGCCGGCGUGAGCUUCAUUCUUCGAUUCUGAUUUCGUGGAACGAAGCUUGUGGAAUUGGAGUUGAAAAUGGAGUCAAAGAGGUGUAUGAACGUGGCGUGUGCCGCCGCGACGUCGGCUCGGUGGCGCAAAGGUUGGGCUCUGCGAUCCGGUGAAUUCGCCGAUCUCUGUGAUAAGUGCGGUUCUGCUUAUGAGCAAUCAACAUAUUGUGAUAUGUUUCACUCAAAGGACUCUGGUUGGAGAGAAUGCACUUCUUGUGGCAAGCGUCUCCAUUGUGGAUGUGUUGCUUCUAAGUCUCAGCUUCAAUUGCUAGAUGCUGGUGGUGUAUGCUGUAAAAACUGCACAAGUAAUUCAGGACUUCAACCUAUUGCAAGUAAUGAAAAGCCUACUGGAUCUGGGACAUCAAAGGUAAAAAAUGUCAGUGCACAACAGUGCACAUCUCUGGCUAACCAAUUAAAUGUGAGGGGUUUGCAAUUAGGGCAUUAUGCAGAGAAUGAUGGGCUGAGGUGCUGGCUCAAACCUCAUAGUGUUGGUACAGAGGAACCUUCUACAGAAAUCAAACCAGAAGUACUGCCCUCUGCUGGAGAACUUGGAAGCACUUUGAUAUCACAAUUUCAUCGUGACUCUAAUGGAUCAUCUAAGCCUGCCAAAGCAGAGAACUGUAAGGCAGACACAGACAUGCAAGAUAUAUAUGAAUCAUUAGCACAGACAAAUUUGAGUAUGGCGCUUGCUGCUCCUUUAGGAAUUUCGAAUCCCUUUAAUAGUGCUGUUGUUGAUGAAAGGGAACUAAGUAAAACAUCACCUCCACUUCUAUUGGCGUCUAGAUCUCGCCAUCUUUUACCUAAACCCCCUAGGCAAACUCUUACCCCAGGCUUAGAAGCAAAUGCAGGCAUGGUGUCCCAGAUUCGUAUAGCAAGGCCUCCUGCUGAAGGAUGGGGAAAGAGUCAGCUGCUUCCGCGUUAUUGGCCUCGAAUUACAGAACAAGAGUUGCAGCAAAUAUCGGGAGAUUCAAAUUCCACCAUUGUGCCACUCUUUGAAAAGAUGCUUAGUGCAAGUGAUGCUGGUCGAAUUGGCCGCUUGGUUCUACCAAAAGCAUGUGCUGAAGCAUAUUUCCCUCCUAUCUCUCAACCUGAGGGCCUUCCUUUACAAAUCCAAGAUGUGAAAGGAAAAGAAUGGAUGUUUCAAUUUAGAUUUUGGCCAAAUAAUAACAGCAGGAUGUAUGUUUUAGAAGGUGUAACCCCCUGCAUUCAGUCCAUGCAACUGCAAGCUGGAGAUACUGUAACAUUUAGCCGCAUGGAACCUGAGGGGAAACUUAUAAUGGGUUUCAGGAAGGCAAAAACUUCUGCUGUAGUACAGGAAACACUUCCGUCUAAUAUGCCCAAUGGUUCUCAUUCAAGUGAAACUACCUAUUCUGGUGUUUAUGAGAAUCUACCUAUAUUAAGUGGUUACUCUGGCCUUCUUCAGUCACAAAAGGGAUGUUCAGAAACUCACCUAAACGCAUUGUCUAAAAGCUGGAACUCAGCUGGUGGUGACAUGAAUUGGCAUAAUAUUGACAUGCCCGAAGGCAGGAAAAGAGAUGGGUUGCCUGUACCUCCUGUAAUGGUUCCUGAGAAGAAAAGAACUCGCAAUAUUGGGUCAAAAAGUAAGAGGUUACUUUUUGAUAGCCAGGAUGCACUGGAGCUGCAACUUACUUGGGAAGAGGCUCAGGAUUUGCUCCGUCCACCUCCAACAGUUAAGCCAAGCGUUGUCAUGAUUGAGGAUCAUGAGUUUGAAGAAUACGACGAACCUCCUGUCUUUGGAAAGAGAAGUAUAUUUGUAGCACGACCAACUGGGAUAAAUGAGCAGUGGACACAGUGUGAUAUUUGCUCAAAAUGGCGGAAGCUGCCAGUUGAUGUACUUAUUCCACCUAAGUGGACAUGUGUGGAGAAUCAAUGGGAUCAGAGCAGGUGUUCAUGUUCUGCCCCCAAUGAAUUGAACCCAAGGGAACUGGAUAAGCUUCUGAGACAGAACAAGGGUAUUACACCAUUCCUUGCAUUAAAUACUGAAUUCAAGAAACAGAGACUAGCAGCAAGCCACAGACAAGGCCUAGAACGUGAAUCUUCUGGACUGGAUGCUUUGGCAAAUGCUGCAGUACUUGGGGAUGAUGCAAGUGACUCUGGCCGGACACCAGUCACUACCACUACAAGACACCCCCGGCAUAGACCUGGGUGCUCCUGCAUUGUCUGUAUCCAGCCACCAAGUGGGAAAGGAAAACACAAACCUACAUGCACCUGCAACGUGUGCAUGACAGUUAAACGCCGGUUUAAAACCUUGAUGAUGCGAAAGAAGAAGCGCCAAUCUGAGCGUGAAGCAGAGAUGGCUCAGAAAAAUCAGCUAUCUUGGAGGACCAAGGAUGAAUCAGAGGUAGACAGCACCGUUCAACAUUUAACUCCAGUUAACGGUUCAGAGAAUGAAACGCGGGUGCCAAAUGCGUUGGAAUCACGGAGUCAAGACUGCGCGGCUGAAGCUUCCAAGGGGGGGAAAUUAGACUUGAAUUGCCAACCUGAUCGAGAGGACACACAAGCUGGGCCAAACUCAGUGAGCAUGAUGGGUCUACUUGAAGAAGCAAAUCUACCGCUGGAGACAUACCUGAAGCAAAACGGUCUUACUAGCUUGAUAUCAGAGCAGCAAACAAACUCAGCUUCAAAUGUGCAGGCACAGACAGCCAACGAGAGUGAGGGAAGAAACAAUGAGGAUUGCAAUACUACUUCUGCAGUUCAUGACCAGCAAAGCAGUCCUGAAGAGGACAGUGAGCAAGACAAAGACCAAAACAACUCACUCACAUGAAGUCCUGCUCUGCUACCUUCAUUUUCUUUUUUCCUUUUUAUUUAUUUUUUUGAAAUCAUUUUACAAGAAACAUUGGAUAAGUUAUAAAGUUAUAGGAGGUUUGACUGGUGUAUCUAUAUUGUUUAUGAAUUGUCUUUUUCUGUCCCAUGACUGUGAUUUAAUGAUUUUCGCCCAAAAGUAUAUGCCGAAGUUUGCA